CACGAAGCGACACCAUCAAAGCAGAUCGAAGUCAUGGCGGAAUUCGAUGCGCUGGACCAGGUGGACCCGUUCUACAUGGCGCUGCUGCGUUCACGCCAGCGGAGAUUCGCCGACUGUAUCGAUAUCUGUACGGACAUUUUGGCUCAGAACCCAUACGACCAGGCUGCAUGGGUGACCAAGACCAAAGCUAUGACGAUGCAAAACUACAUCGACGACUCGGAGUUGGAGGAGGACGGCGCUGCGGAUCUCCUCAUGGACGACAACGUCAUGGCGUCCAUGCCACGACCGGGCACUUCUCUCAACCGCCCAAACUCACGAGCGGGCACUGGCGACCCGAGUCUGCGCCCCAUGACGUCUACAGGCCGCCCGCUCAGCGGCUUUGCAAGACCUGGAACGAGCUCUAGACCGGGAACAGGCAGCAUGUCGGUGGAUCGCGCGCUGCAGGGCAAUCGACCGGGUACUUCUCGCCCGGCGACGACGCUGGGGCGACAGGUGCGACUUGGUACAGCGUCGAUGCAAGCGUCCGACUCGGGCGUGUUCAUCGACGUGAAUCGCCUCGAUUUUAAGCGGUACGCGAAGCGGCCAGCUAUCGCAAAGGCGCUGGUGGACUACCUGCUCUACUGUGAGCAUAACCCACGUAAAGCACUUGAACUGGCUGCAGAGGCGACAGUGGCUGCCGACUAUAAAGACUGGUGGUGGAAGGCAAGGCUGGGCAAGUGUUAUUACCAGCUUGGACUCUUCCGCGACGCUGAGAAGCAGUUCGAGUCAUCACUACGCAACCAGGACAUGGUGAUCACGUUCUUGGAGCUGGGUAAAGUGUAUCUGCGUCUUGACCAGCCAAAUACAGCGCUGGACAGGUACGAGAAGGGUAAGGCCAAGUUCCCAGGGGAUACGCAACUUCUGGUGAGCAUCGCCCGCGUUCACGACAUGCUCAACGACGUCGAGAAGAGCGUCAGCGUGUACAAGGAGGUACUUCAGCUGGAUGCAUCUAACGUCGAAGCCAUCGCAUGCCUAGCGUCGAACUACUUCUACACGGACCACCCAGAGGUUGCAUUGCGCUACUAUCGACGUCUGCUACAGAUGGACGUGAACACUGCCGAGCUCUGGUGCAACAUCGGACUCUGCUGCUUCUACGCGUCGCAGUAUGACAUGACACUAUCGUGCUUCGAUCGAGCGCUGUCCCUCGCGUCGGACGACUGCAUGGCCGAUGUCUGGUACAACAUUGGGCAGGUUGCUAUUGGUAUCGGAGAUCUGGGACUCGCCUAUCAGGCCUUCAAGAUCGCUGUGUCGGUCGACAGCAACCACGCCGAGUCGUACAAUAACCUUGGGGUGCUUGAACUGCGUAAGGGCAAUCUGGACCAAGCGCGUGCCAACUUCCAGCUAUCCGAGUCGCUCGCAGACUUCAUGUUCGAGCCCAGCUAUAACCGCGCUCUGCUCGCGUACAAGGUGGGCGACUUCCACGACUCGUUCACGAAGGUCAAUCGCGCGCUCACCACCAACCCGACACACAGCGACUCGUUGGAACUCAAGAAGCAGCUGCAACAGUUCCUCACCAUGCUCUAGGUGAGCCUGCAACCUGGAUAACUAAAAAAACACACGACCAGAUCUGGAACAACCAAACGCGGCAAUAACCAACUAAAUCGUGCAUAUAUGAAGAAUACUGUG